AUGUCAGCCUCCUUCACUCCCAUCUUCUUAGCUUCCCCUACUGUCAUCUUUGUCUCUUACGUCUUACUUUUCUUUUUCUUCUUUACUUUCUUCAUUUCUUGUCUCUUCUUCAUUGGUGUCUUCAACUGUUUCUCUUCUCUGACUUCCUUCUUUUUCCUUCUUUUCUUAAUUACCUUCUUCUUUUUCACUUUCUUCAUUCUUCUUCAUCUCUUCCUCUUUUUUUCAUUUCAUUCUUUUUCCUUUCUUCAGUCUUUCCUUCAAUACUUCCUUUGUUUUCAUUCUCUUCUUAAUUGCCUUCUUUAUUCUUCUUCAUCUCUUCCUCUUUUUCAUUUCCUUCUUCUUCUUUUCUUCAAUCUUUCCUUCAAUACUUCCAUCUUCUUAAUUACCUUCUUCAUUCUUCUUCAUCUCUUCCUCUUUUUUUCAUUUCUUUCUUUUUCCUUUCUUCAGCCUUUCCUUCAAUACUUCCUUCUUUUUUCUCCUCUUCUUAAUUCAUUCUUCUUCACCCCUGCCUUUUUUCACUUCCUUCUUUUUCCUUCCUUAAUUCCUCUCUUCUUUUUCACUUUCUUCUCAUUCAUCUCUUCCACCUCCUUUACUUUCUUUUAUUUCUUCUUCUUCACUUUCUCCAUCUAA